GUUGCGGAGCAACGAAGUGCCUAUAACGUCAAGAGGAUUUGUGGUGUCGUUUCAUUGUACUGGGUUGUGUCAAUCUCGUUGGUUUUCAUAAACAAGUGGCUUUUGAGCAAUCCCGAUCUUGAUGCUCCUCUCUUCAUCACAUGGUCCCAAUGUCUCGUUACUGUCGUCUUAUGCAUCAUUUUGUCAAAAAUCUCAAGCGCCAUACCGGAAAAACUUUCCUUUCCAAAUAUAGAUUUCAAGUGGCGCACCAUCAUGCCAUUGAGUUGCGUCUUCUUUACAAUGGUUGUUUUUAAUAAUCUUUGUCUCAAAUACUUGGAUGUCGCGUUCUACUUCGCUGCUCGUUCUCUCACAACAGUUUUUAACGUGGUGCUUACGUACCUCAUCCUACGCAGGAAAACUUGUUACAAGGCGAUUGCGUGUUGUGGAGUAAUAAUUGCUGGAUACAUAACCAGCGUCUUGCAGGAAAAUGAACUGGGAACUUUGUCACUCUCGGGUCUUUUCUACGGCCUCUCUGCCAGCUUCUCAGUUUCUCUAUUCUCCAUACUCACUUCAAAAAACCUACCUCACGUUGGUGGUAGCGUUUGGCGCCUAACAUUCUACAACAACCUCAAUACUUCGGUUCUGUUCAUCGUUGUAUUAAGAGGCAAAAUAUUUAAGAAAUUUCCUCUCAGUUAUGUAGGACUUUUUUUCUGGAGUAUGAUGCUAAUCAGCGGGAUCUUCGGAUUUGCCAUAAGCUACACAACUACAUGGCAAAUUCAAGUGACAAGUCCGCUGACGCACAAUAUCUCGGGGACGGCAAAAGCGGCGGUACAAACCAUAAUCGCAACGGUCAUAUCACUUCACUUCAAGUCCGUUCUCUGGUGGGUGGGCAAUGGUAUGGUGGUUGUCGGCUCUAUGGCUUAUGCUUAUGUGCGGCAUAAGCUGGCUCUCAAAGAGCAAGAGGAGCAGAGAAAAUACCAACCCGUCUCGAAUGACGAUCGAGAAAUCCCCUCUCUCUCGAGAGUGGUUGCCGAAAAAGACGACUCUAGCAGAGAAAGUUAG